AUGGAUGCCACUAGCCCACUACUACUGAUCCACUACACCAGUAGCAGUACAAUUUAUAAUUCAGAAGAACUGAAGAAGUACCUCAAGAAGUUCAGUCUGCCUGCCCCCUGCGUCUCCGACCCCACUCACCUACCACCAACCGCCCCCAUCGCCUCCUUCCCUUCCACCACCGAGUGGGCGGCGCGGUACGGGCCCAUCAUCUCCGUCUGGUUCGGCUCCUCGCUCACCGUCGUCGUCUCCACCUCCGAGCUGGCCAAGGAGGUGCUCAAGGAGCACGACCAGCAGCUCGCCGACCGGCCCCGCAACCGCUCCACCCAGCGCUUCAGCCGCAACGGCCAGGACCUCAUCUGGGCCGACUACGGCCCGCACUACAUCAAGGUGCGCAAGCUCUGCAACCUCGAGCUCUUCACCCAGAAGCGCCUCGAGGCGCUGCGCCCCAUCCGCGAGGACGAGGUCACCGCCAUGGUCGAGUCCGUCCACCGCGCCGCCGCCGGCCCCGCACCAAAUUCGCAAUGGAUCGCAGGAACAGUGUCGUACUUUGCUAGAGUACCGAUUUGGUGGUAUGGUAAUGAAGGAAAGCCAUUGGUAGUGAGGAAUCACCUUGCUAUGGUGUCCUUCAACAAUAUAACAAGGCUAGCUUUUGGGAAGCGGUUCAUGAAUGCAGAUGGUGACAUUGACGAAGAAGGGCAGGAAUUCAAGCUUAUUGUCAACAAUGGGAUCAAAAUUGGUGCAUCUCUUUCUGUUGCUGAAUACAUUUGGUACUUGAGAUGGCUGUGUCCACUUAAUGAGGAGCUUUACAAUACCCACAAUGAGAGAAGGGAUCGUCUGACCAAGAAGAUCAUUGAAGAGCAUGCACAGGCCCUCAGGGAGAGUGGUGCCAAACAGCACUUUGUGGAUGCUCUGUUCACUCUCAGAGAGAAGUAUGACCUUAGUGAUGACACAGUUUUCGGACUUCUAUGGGACAUGAUCACCGCCGGAAUGGACACGACAGUCAUAUCAGUCGAAUGGGCCAUGGCAGAGCUGGUCCGGAACCCCAGGGUGCAGAAGAAGCUGCAAGAGGAGCUGGACAGCGUGGUCGGCCGCGACCGCGUCAUGUCCGAGACCGACUUCCAGAACCUGCCCUACCUGAUGGCCGUCGUGAAGGAGUCCCUCCGCCUGCACCCGCCGACGCCGCUCAUGCUGCCCCACAAGGCCAGCGCGAGCGUCAAGGUCGGCGGCUACAGCAUCCCCAAGGGCGCCAACGUGAUGGUGAACGUGUGGGCGGUGGCCCGGGACCCCAAGGUGUGGAGCAGCCCGCUGGAGUUCCGGCCGGAGCGGUUCCUGGAGGAGAGCAUCGACAUCAAGGGCAGCGACUUCAGGGUGCUGCCCUUCGGCGCCGGCCGGAGGGUGUGCCCCGGCGCGCAGCUCGGGAUCAACCUCGUCGCCUCCAUGAUCGGCCACAUGCUGCACCACUUCGAGUGGUCUCUGCCGGAGGGCGCCAGGCCGGAGGACAUCAGCAUGAUGGAGUCCCCCGGGCUCGUCACCUUCAUGGGCACGCCGCUGCAGGCCGUCGCCACGCCGCGCCUGGAGAAUGAGGAGCUCUACAAGAGGGUCCCGGUCGAGAUCUGA